AGGUCAAAUUAAAUCAUGCACUUAUUUACUUUUUUAUCUUCUUCUUUUUUUUUUCUGCUCAUUCCCUCAGAAUCAACCUACCGACACCAAGCAAACAUUGAUGAUGAAGUUGUCACCAUGGAGAUACUAGAUACCGCUGGUCAGGAGGACACCAUUCAGAGGGAAGGACACAUGCGUUGGGGAGAAGGCUUUGUGCUGGUUUAUGACAUUACUGACCGAGGAAGUUUUGAGGAAGUGCUGCCACUUAAGAACAUCCUGGAUGAGGUCAAGAAGCCCAAGAAUGUGACUCUCAUCUUGGUUGGAAACAAAGCUGACUUGGACCACUCCAGACAGGUUAGUACAGAAGAAGGGGAGAAGCUGGCCACCGAACUGGCAUGUGCUUUUUAUGAGUGUUCUGCCUGCACUGGAGAAGGGAACAUCACCGAGAUAUUCUAUGAGCUGUGUCGAGAGGUGCGUCGCAGGAGGAUGGUCCAGGGCAAGACGAGACGACGCAGCUCCACCACGCAUGUCAAGCAAGCCAUUAACAAGAUGCUCACCAAAAUCAGUAGUUAAGGCAGCACUGUUCUUGCAAAGCCCCUACGGAGGUGAGUCAGGUUAUUGGAAACACUUUCUUGCCCUCUUCCCCCCCCCCCACCCCUUUUCCCAAAAAAUAAAAGAAAAUACUCCAUUCCUUGUGCUGACUCUGGGAAAUGCCUGGGCUUCCCAUUGUUCCCGGGCUUCCUGGAUGUUGAGAAGUCAUAGGGUGUUUUAUGCAAUUUUAGUGCUGACAAUGUCUCCCUUUCCUGCUUGAAUAAGAUACACUCUAUUGCAGUUUGAACCUGUAAUCACCAGAGAUUCUGAAAUGGCUGGGCUCAUAUUACACUAUUUUUAGGCAUCUUCACCUUGCUUCAAUAGGUUGGAAGCUUUCAAAGGCAUUUUUAAAUUCCAUUCUUUGUCAAAGACUGCAAAUGAUCAUCUUAAACGUCUAAAGUAAUGGAAGAUCCCGUAAAAACCCAGGAAGAGUAGCUGAGGUAGUGGAGCAGGGAAUAGAGCCCUGGUUCCUUUUUGAAAAGAGGAUUUUCUGAAUGAUCUCCAAUUGUCUAGUUUUUCUUUAACCCUUAUUUUGUCCUUAAACCCAAACGUGUUCUCACAGUUUUCCACCGUAGUAGAGUUCCAUUUCAGUUUGAGCGGGCUCUCUCAAUGGGCCAUUGAUCAUCGUACUCUGAUUCUUCUUGUGUGGCUUCAGUAAGAUUUCAGCAUAAGAGAGGCAGAAUUGAUCUUCAGAGCCUGCUGGGCCAUUUCUCACAAAGCCCAGGGCAAUGUGAAGACUUUAGGAGGCUUUUCACCAAACCCUGACUUUCUUGAAUGCUACUAAAGGAUUUAGAUUAGAGAUGUCCCAUUCAUUUGUCUCUCUGCUUGUCAUCUUAGCAGAAAGACAACAGUGCAAAAAACAGGAAAAGUAAGAAUGAAGCUGAACCAACCUUCAUUGGGGGAGCCAACGCUCUAAUGCCAGUAAGAAAAAUUAGCCUCUGAUUCAUUAAAUUGGCUACAUGACUUCUUCUAAUUUUUAGGAUAAGUUGAUUCACUUAGAAUUCAGAAAAGAAUGAGUGAUUGAAAUUCACUAUAUCUGAAUAAAUGUGUAUAAAACAAGAUUCUUAUAUUGUGAAGAUAAGGUCUAUAACUGAUAAAACUUUAUGAAUCUUUUUUCCCUAUUAUGCCCCCAUAUAUCAAAAUUUGGGCACUUUAUUUUAGAAGAAAAUAUAUAUCUUUUACAUAUGUGUGUAUUUAUAAAUGCAUAAGUAUAUGUAUAAAAAUUUGUAAGAGUUGAAGGCUUUAAUUCACCAAUGCAUUUGGACAAUUUGGUGUAACUAUUUUAUGUGAUAUAAUAAAAAGCAUAAUUUUCA